AUGGGACAAGCCCUACGUAUCAAGAGCUGUGACCUGAAGGUAGCCAGAAACAACGAGGAUCAUCACACCAAGGAGAUCAGUUCCAGGCGCCUCGUUGUCCGAAGAGGACAACCCUUCACCAUCACUCUGCACAUCCGCCCCAUGGUUCGAGGAUUCCUUCGGGCUUUAAAGAAGGUCACCCUUGUGGCUCAGACAGGAAAGCAGCCUUCCAAGACAAACAGGACCAAAGUGAAAUUUCCAAUCACCAGCCAAGGUAACCCUAAAUGGUGGAGCGCAGCGGUAGAAAGUAGAGAUUUCCAAAGCUGGACCGUCUCUGUGACCACACCUGCUGAUGCCAUCAUUGGCCACUACUCCCUCCUGCUGCAGGUCUCUCGAAGGACUCAGUACCCCCUUGGCCACUUCACACUGCUCUUUAAUCCCUGGGGAAGAGAGGAUGCAGUAUUCUUGGAGAAUGAGGCACAACGCAGGGAAUAUUUGCUGAAUCAGAAUGGCCUCAUCUACCUGGGCACAUCAGAUUGCGUCCAGCCUCAGCCUUGGGACUUUGGCCAGUUUGAGCUCAACGUCAUCGAUCUCAGCCUGAGUUUACUGGAAGUAGAUAAGGAAGUCAACCAGUGGAGCAAUCCUGUACAUGUGACCCGGGUACUUGGAGCCUUGCUUAAUGACAGAAAAGAGAGGAGUAUUCUGACCACUUCCCAAACACAAGAUUCCGAGGACAUGAGAUUCUUGUACAAACGCCGAGGAAGCUUGCCCAUCCUCUGGCACUGGCUCACUGGCCAAGGGCGGCAGGUGCCUGAUGGGCAGGCCUGGGUGUUGGCACCUGUCAUCUGUUCAGUGCUAAGGUCCCUAGGUAUUCCUGCCCGAGUUAUCACAAUCUUUGACUCAGCCCAGGACACAAAAGGAGACUUGACUGUGAAUGAAUAUUACGAUAAGGAUGGGCUUCAGACUGGAGAGAACCAAGGAAGCCGAAUCUGCAUCUUCCAAGUCUCAACAGAAUGUUGGAUGGCAAGACCUGAUCUGUCCCCACGUUAUGGAGGAUGGCAGAUUGUGGACACAAGCCUUCAGAAAGAAGGUGGAGCUAAUGUCUUGGUGACCUGUGAUCUAGUUCCAGUUAGGGCAGUCAAGGAAGGGGCUCUGGAGCUGAACCCUGCGGUGCCAGCCCUUUUUGCCUCACUCAAUGCUUCCUGUGCAGUCUGGAUAAAGGACAGAGAUGGGACAGUGGUUCGAGCUGAUGCCAGCCCCAAGUACGUGGGCAACAACAUCAGUACCAAAGGUGUCGGAGGGGAUCGUUGUGAAGACAUCACCCAGAACUACAAAUACCAUGAAGGGUCUUCACAAAAAAGAGAACUAUUGGAUAAAGUCUGGAAAAAGAGAGCUGAACUCGGUGAGGUCAAUGGGCUCUCCCUCAGUUCAGAGACGUCGGGUCCUCUGUACAUGCUCUUGCAUUCAUCCAGCUCCAUGCCUUUGGAUGGAGACUUCGAAUUAGAUGUGAAUUUCUUCAGCCAUACUAGUGAGGAGAAGGCUGUGGAGCUGUUGAUAGGGAUUCAGGCCAUGGACUACAAUGGAGUCACCACCACCCAGCUCUACAAAAAGAAGUUUUUCCUUACAUUUCAAGGCAAUGAAGUUAGAACCAUCAGCAUCAGCAUUUCCUCCUUCGAUUUUAUGCAAAGCCCUCCUGAGAACAGCAUCCUGAGAUUGACAGCUGUGGCAACCCACACAGAUCCUGAGAUUAGCUACUUUGCUCAACGGGACAUUGCCAUCUGUAAACCACAGCUCACCAUUGAGGUGCCAGAGAUGGUAAGACUAUAUGAACCAGUCACAGCCUCCAUCUAUGUUCAGAAUAAGUUGGACUCUCCCAUGGAAGAUUGUGUGAUGACAGUAUUUGGAAGAGGACUCAUUUACAGAGAGAGGAGCUAUAGAUUAGGUUCUGUCUCGCCUGGAAAUUCCCUCUACCGCCAGAUCCAGUUCACUCCAACCCAGGCAGGGCUCCAAAGACUCACCGUAGAAGUGGAUUGCAACAUGUUCCAGAACCUAAUAGGCUACAAGAGUAUCAACGUGGUGAUGCCUGUAUCUCCAGCCUAAGUUUGCCAGAUGCACCUUCCCAUCUUUAGCUCCCUCCAUGGUUGUGAAAUGACAUGCCCAGACCCACAAGCUAGAGAUAAGCACUGCGGGGAGAGGCACACUGCUUAAAGUGUAACCUAGCAGAUUCUCUAAUGUGUUAAUGUCAUUUCAGAGUGGGAAGAAAGGUGCUUCUCACAGCUCAAAUCAUUCCUAAGCCUCUUGUAUGAACAGAAUAGACCCAACAGGGAUGAAUAUGUAGGGGACUCCUACCACACUGAACUACGGCAGCCUUGAAAAUUAGGUGCCUUACUAUAUUAAUACCUUUCUCUUUAACACAAUGCUUUAUAGCAUUCAGAACAAAUACU